AUUUGUCAAUUGAGCGCACGCAACGUGCCAGAAGUAAUCUAUUUCCUUGUAUUUUUCCUUGUUUUCCGUUGCACCACCUGCCUGAAGUACAGUGUGCUACUUGACCAGUGACGUGUAAUAAACGUUCCUGUCCAAAGCGUAUUAUUCUGACGCCAUCGGAGUGCGCCGUCCAGCAAUUUAGCAGUUCCGCUGUAGCUAGCAAUGGAAUCAAACCGAGACGAAGCGGAACGCUGCUUUGAGAUCGCAGCCACAGCACUAAGAAAUAACCAGACAGACAAAGCUAAGCGGUUUCUAGAAAAGGCAUACAAACUCUUUCCUACGGAGAAGACGAAAGCGCUGCUGGAGUCCAUUGCGCAGAAUGGGCAGGCCUUCGGCCAGAGUGACGCGGACGGGGCGGGCGAGGACUCGGGCGUUCGACAGCGCAGACCCGCAGAAGAGGGCGAAAACGUGACCGGGGAGAAGGCUGCCGACUCGGCAAAACCCUACACGUCAGAUCAGCUGGACGCAGUGAAGAGGAUAAAGCGCUGUAAGGACUACUACGAGAUCCUGGGCGUGGGCAGGGACGCGUCGGAGGAGGACCUGAAGAAGGCGUACAGGAAGCUGGCUCUGAAGUUCCACCCUGAUAAAAACCACGCCCCGGGAGCCACAGAGGCCUUUAAAGCCAUCGGAAACGCGUACGCAGUCCUGAGCAACGCAGACAAGCGCAGGCAGUAUGACCAGUUCGGGGAGGAACGGGCCCACCCCUCCAGACCCUCCCACGACUACAACCGGGGCUUCGAGGCGGACAUUUCCCCCGAAGACCUGUUCAACAUGUUCUUCGGAGGCGGGUUCCCCUCCAGUAACGUCCACGUGUACAGCAACGGCAGGAUGCGCUACACCUACAACCAGAGACCGGAGAGGAGAGAGCAGCACGGCGACGGUGGUCUGGCGCUCUUCGUGCAGCUCAUGCCCAUCCUCAUCCUCAUCGUGGUGUCGGCGCUCAGUCAGAUGAUGGUGUCUAGCCCCCCCUACAGCCUGAGCGUCCGGCCGUCUGCGGGUCACGUUCAUAAGCGGCUGUCGGGCACUCUGAAGGUGACGUACUACGUGGGCGAGCGCUUCUCGGAGGAGUACAGCGGGAACGACCUGAAGAACGUUGAGCAGAGUGUGGAGGACGACUACAUCUCCAACCUGCGGAACAACUGCUGGAAGGAGAAGCAGCAGAAGGAGGGCUUGCUGUACAGAGCUCGGUAUUUCGGAGACAGCAGUCUGUACCAGAGGGCGCAGAAGAUGGGAACGCCAAGCUGCUCCAGGCUGUCAGAGGUCCAAGUGCUUCUGCACGGCUAGCGAUGACAUCACCACAGAGAGAGGUCAGUUUAAAGUUCUGGAAAUGCUGUAUAAUAGAGAAUUCUACACGGGUCCUUGUCCCAGCCUUUCGUACUGCUACUGGAGCGUGACGUGAACGGGCCAAUCAGAGCCCUUGGAGCUGCGCGGCCGGCCGGCGUGUGUGAGAGAGCGUCAGAGCGACCGCGAAGCUCGCCUGAAGCCCCUGUGCGAAGAACAUUUCCCAACGCUCCCACUCCCGCCCCCACGCACCAGACAAGGCCUCUGCUGAUCGGCCAGUCUUCUGGCGCAGGGAGAAAAACCCGAAGCUUUAAGGAUUCUGGGGAAAAGAAAAAUCCCCAAAAAAUAAUUUGGAUGUAAUUUAUUUCUGUCUGUUCUGGAAUGACCACUAAUGCUGUUGAGCUGACGAAGUCCGCGUGCUUCUCACAAUCUCAUCCGUCUCGAGCUCCAACACCAGGACACCUUCCACCCACACACCUGAGCCAGUUAAGAGGGUGAUUUUUAUAGUUUAUAUAUGUAUAUAUGUUGUACUUUUAAUGCCACAGGAAUUAGAUUAAAUUAUGAAGCGUCCUUUUAUCAGUAUAUAAAUUAUACCGGGUGGAUUUGCUCGUUGUACUCUGUUGAACAAUCAGCUUCACAAAGAUAUUUGAUAUGAGUGCUCUAAAUGAAUAUAAAAUAAAAUAUUUGAAAACUAAA